AGAAGACACAGAAACAGAGCGAGGCAACGCAGCAGAGAUCAGCUCCACACUGAAGAUGCAGUUCUGCUUCUGUUUGCUGCUCCCCGGCCUCCUGUCCUUCACUCUGCUCCGCUGCAGCGUCGACGGCCUCAGAGUCCAACCGCAACCUGCUCGGGUAGACCAGCCCAUUUUGAGAUUUCAUGCAGCCCCUCAGUCCCGCCCUGUAGGUGUGAAGGUGGGGGAGGAGCUGACGGCAAAACUGCUCCAAUCGGAUCACCUGAUGAGGAUGGAAAAUGAUGUCAUGGAGCCAAAGAGGAAGAGGAGCUUUCCCAUCAACAACGUCCCGCUGGACCGCCUGUCCAUCAGCUCCAUGGAAACGAAGCAGCAAGGGUCAGACAAGCAGAGUAAGGUGGUGGAGUCGCCACGGCGACGACUCAAUCCACCGCCCAUUGACAGAAUCGGGAUGGGUCGUCUGCCAAACGGCAGAGGGUAGGCCACAUCCCCUCCGUCUGAAAGCCCACCCUCUCUCCACAGCGCUCUCACUGGACAGAUGCAUGAAACCGCCAAUCACCUGCUGAACCACGCCCACCCUCACUUCACCUGGACACGCCCACCUGACACCCUCACUUCACCUGGACAGCAAACCUGACACCCUCACUUCACCUGGACAGCCCAACACAAAGCAUGACUGUUCAAUGAUGCGUUCAAAUGCAGCUCCGUAAAGUCGGCACACAUAGAGAGGAAGUGAUUUCAACAACACCUGCGAUUUGCUUCCAUGGCAACUCGUUUUAACAAUCAUUUUAUUUACCUGUAAAACUUACAGAUAAAUAAAACUUUUUUAAAAUACUGAAUUUAAUCAAGGUGAAAUCUGUAAUGUGAGCAAAUCUCGAAUUAGCAGCACCAACAAAUAUCCUGACGUGUGAGAUUAAAUAUACUUAUUAGUUUCCACCAAUGAGAAGCUUUGAUUUCAGAUUUAUUAAGAAAUAAAUAUGUUACAACUUCAAAAUUUGUAUUUGGAUAAAAUCAGAGCCUGAUCUCAGAAAGAUCAAAUCAUCAGAAUCGAGCAACUUUGACUAUAAUAAGAAUAAUUUGGAUGUUUUGAGUUUUUUCAUUUAUAAACUUU